AUGGGAGAUGGCAAACUGGAAGGCGGGAGAGGAGAAGCCUCAGCGAGCCGGAACCACCAGAGUAAUGGAGGGGAAAGUUCCAGUCGCAGCGCUGAAAAUCGAUCAGCUGAUGAAGAAGCUGCGGACCUCCCCACAAAGCCUACAAAGAUCUCCAAGUUUGGAUUUGCCAUAAGUAGUCAGACGACAAAGAAAGCAUCAGUCAUAUCCAUCAAACUUGGAUCAAGUAAGCCUAAGGAAACAGUUCCAAACCUUGCUCCAAAAACCCUUUCAAUAGCAGCAGCUUUCAAUGAAGAUGAAGACAGUGACCCAGAAGAAAUGCCUCCAGAAGCUAAGAUGAGGAUGAAGAAUAUUGGAAGGGACACACCAACAUCAGCUGGACCAAACUCCUUUAAUAAAGGAAAGCAUGGCUUUUCCGAUAAUCAGAAGCUGUGGGAGCAAAAUAUAAAAUCUCAUCUUGGAAAUGUACAUGACCAAGACAAUUAAAUGAAAUGUUUUGAGAUUGGGUAUGGGUGGGUGCAGUUAGAAGGAACAGUCUCCUUUUGUAAAGAAUGGUGCAAGACUAGCUU